UGAAGAAGUCAGCCUCACAACUCUAUACCACUCAUUAUUCCUCUCUCUCUUCUCUUGCUUCUCUCCCUCUCUCUCUCUCUCGAUGGACGAGUCUACUGGAGAAACAGAUACUCAAGACUUAAUGAACGUCGACUCCUUCUCUCAGCUUCCUUUCAUCCGCCGUCCUAAGGAUAAGAACUCUAAACCCAUUCGUGUCUUCGGCAAAGAUUUCACCGUCGGAGAUUUCUCCGGCACCAGUACCGGUCAAGAAGACUACUCCGAUCCCUCCCAGAGAAAAAAUAAAGAAGAAGAGGAUCAAACCGGAGAUAACGAUAAGAACAAUAGUAGCAUCAUCAACAAUAGGAGAUUCGAGUGUCACUAUUGCUUUAGAAACUUCCCUACUUCACAAGCCCUAGGUGGACACCAAAACGCUCACAAACGUGAACGCCAGCUUGCCAAACGCGGUGUUUCCUCUUACUUUCAUCAUCCUGACACUAGCCUUUACAGUUACCGUCAUUACCCUUCGUGUACUAGCAGUCCAUUGACCGCGGCUAGGUCCUAUGGAAGAUACUUUUAUGGUUCUCAGUCGUCGGCGUAUUACACACGACCGAGCUAUUGCAACCAGUUAGGACUAUGGCGUGUACCACGGGAUUCUUCCUCUGGCCUUCAAGGCAUUUAUAACUCAAACGCAGCGUUUACUAGUAGUUACAUCUCUUCUUCUUCUUCUUCUAACUCAACAUUAUCGUUGUUGGCCGGCUCUCAGACGCAACCACCGUUACAGGUGGGUGGCCCCGGAUCUCAGACCCGAGCUUCUUCAUACCGGUACGGCUUGAGUCCUAAUGUGCAAGAUCAUGUGAGUCUCGAUCUUCAUCUUUAGCGAUUCCUAAAGAAAAAUAAAACUUUAAAGACUUUUUAACCUAUUCCGAUCCGUAACCUUCUUUUACUGAGUGUCAAGUGUAACUUACUGAAGAAAAAAAUUGAUGGGGUGUUUAUUUUUCUGAAUUAGAAACGGCACGAUGUGUGUGAGAUUCACGUAAUUUGUUUCGUUUAAUGUUCAUCGAUCUUUUUUUUUUGUUCGCUACACGUGCUUCAAUGAAGGAAAGGAAUUUAUCA